GAGUUAUGAUUUAAUUUGUUAUGUAAGAAUUAUUUAGAGAUUUUAAUUUCGUUAAUACGAUUUACGUGAAAACAUUACCGGUUUAGAUAUCUGUGUUCUAGGAUAAUUCGUGAUUUAUUAACAAUUAUUGACUGGGAAAGGAAAUGUGUAAAACUGUUAACAGGAAUAGUGUCAUGUGAAUGUAAAAAGUGGUUACUUGAGUCUUUAGAUCUUUGUGCGCCAUUUAUGUUUCAUAUCUACUUCAUCAGUAUAAAAUAGUUACGAACACUUUAUUACGAUAUUUAGAGACAUUGGGUGAAUUACAUACGCAUUGUAUAACGCCGUGACAAAAACAAACAAAACAUGUAUGAAAAGCAACGGUCAUGGACAACAAGUACCGGGUGCUGCUGCAACACCACCAGCAGGAUGUGGUGAGGGACCUCGACGUCACUUACAUCCUCGAUGAGCUGUUCACGAAGGACGCCAUCUCCAACGAGGACUUCGAUAAUAUCUACAAGUUGUCAAGUCGCGCGGACCGUACCAGAUACUUGAUAGACUCACUACUUCAGAAUGGUACGAACAGAAGUUACGAAGCCUUUGUAGAUAGCCUGGCUAAGGACUGGCAGUGGCUGUACAAGAAGUUCACUGAAGAAACCAAUGAGGCAAUGUUGAACGGCAGUUUCGAGGAUGGACUCAGUAGAGGAGAUGUCCCCAGGUUUCCCGAUCACUACGUCAGCAGAAAUGCUGUGGAGCAAGAGGUGGCUAAUAAAUUAAAAUUGUUAACACGGCACAAAAUACUAGCGUUACACGGUAUGCCGGGCUGCGGGAAGACCACGGUGGCGGUCAGCGUGCUCCGCAACAACCCUGAUCUCAUUACCGACAACUUUAACGGCGUCGUCUUCUGGUUAAACUUCGGUAACUGCAAAACUGAGGAUGAUAUCACCGCGCUACAGAAUAAAUUAUAUCGUAAAGCGACUUCAUUGUCGAAUCACAAUUCGUACAUGACGUCAUCGAUAUCAAUGUCCAGUACGGGCUCGAACGCAGACAGCCAUUCCUUCUACGACUGGUCGUGGGAAGAUAUGAAGGACCGGCUUGUCUCGCUGUUCCAAAACCAAUCUUUGAAGGAAUGCUUGUUAGUGCUAGAUGAAGUUAAUGAGAAGAAAUGCUUGAGAGCAUUCGAUAUAGGAUGCAAGAUAUUAAUCACGACCCCAGAUACUGACGUUGUUUCAAAUUUUCAAGCGCAAAUCGUCAAGGUGGAAAACAACUUCACUGAGCAAGAAACGUUGGAACUAUUCUCCUUAUGUCUGGAGCAGCCGGUGGCGCAGUUGCCGCGCGAGGCGAGGAAGUUGUACGAGAUAUGCGCCGGCAGCCCCUUCCACAUCGCGCUCAUCGCAGCACAGCUCUCCGAGAAUAGAGAACGAUUCAAACACGAUCAUAAAUACAGGAAUUCUUAUCUAAAUAAGUUGGGGAAGAGAGCUUAUUUUUUUUUAACAAGACAUCAUGAAAAUCCACAAAGGACAGUCGAAGUGUGUAUAAAUUUACUACAACCAGAUAUAUUAGGACUGUUUAAAAAACUAACAGUGUUACCCGACAAUGUGAAAGUGUCAGCCAAAGUACUCGCAAAACUAUGGAACAGAGAACUCACAGAAGUUGAAUCUAUUAUAACCCAACUUCGUAGUAAAUCAUUAUUAAUAGAAUUCUACGAUAGAGAACAACGCAAUUAUAUCUACGAAGUUCAUGUAUUUAUUAUGGAUUAUCUAAGAACAUGUUGGGAUGAAGAAGAUGUAAGAAAAUUACAUGAGAAUUUCUUAAAAAGUUACCAUUAUGAUAUUACCAACCCACCUUUAGAUAUAGAAGAUGAUGGAUAUAUAGCAUUUUAUAUCGGACAUCAUAUACUUAAAACGAAGAAUUUAGGAAAUAAAUGGUGCUUGUUUAAUAAAUUAUUUCUAGAUCUCAAAUUUCUAGGCAAUAAAGUCAGAUUGACUGGAUCCGCUGAUGUUAUUCUAGAUUUGCAGAAAUAUGAAACUUAUAUCGCUGAAGAUACAUUAGACAAAGAGCUCCUGUACAGUAUCAAAGCGUAUUUGAUCACACACGGCACUGACCUCUACCGCUACCCAUACACGGACAUCGUGCAGAGCAUCUUGCAGCACGAGAAUAAAGGCAUCCUGUACACGAAAGCAUCCGCCACAGCCCAGGAGAGAUGUGCUAAAAACGAACUUUAUUUUGACUUCUUACACGAGCAGAAUGUGGAAGAAAUAAAGCACACAACAAUCGACGUGACGGAGAUCAUAACUGCGGUCUGUUUUCUCGGAGACCACGUGCUGAUUGGAACUGAAUCUGGUCUUAUUAAGUUUUUCAACAUAUCAACGAAUAUAUUGGAGAAAGAGUUGCCGGGCAGGGGGCACGCUAUCAGAUGGGUGGGCGCGUGUCCCGUGAACCCGCCCGUGGUGUGCGCACUCGACUGCAGCGGACACAUCACCAUAUACUACAUUGAUGAUAUAGGACACGACCAAACUGAUGAUGUUAUUGAAGAAGAAACAGAAGAAUCAUACAACAAUAAUUACGCAAAUAUAGUCAAUAUUCCACCUAAAUUGGGUCCAUUUUUGAACUGUAGAUGGGCCAACAACGAAGAAACAUUGAUCACUCAUACAUCUAAAAUGAUAAUUUUGUAUGACCCCAGCGGCAAAGUGCUCAAAGUAUUAGACAAUUUUGAUAGGGAUCGUGAGAUAGUGUGUUGUGUUCCGUGUAAUAAUGAUAAACAAGUUAUUGUGGCAACAACCGGUGUACAUACUUUGGAUGUUAUUGAUUUAAGUACUAAAGAAAAAGUUAUGUCAUAUGAAGAAUCUGAACCUAUAAUCAACAUUUUGACGAUACCAGGUAGUAACAGAAUAAUAACUCUAUCGGAAACAAAUAUAACGGAACAUGAAUACAAAAUGAACCCCGGGUCAUAUCAAAAUGUAUGCAAUGUGUACAUUUGCCGGAGAGUUUUAACUAGUGAGGAGGUCAAAGGGAAUGUGUGCUUUGUGUCAGCUGAGGUCAAUAAAUCAGGCAGCUUGCUGUUUGUGGCGACGGAUGACAGUCGUGUCAUCUGUGUUGAUCUCAAGACUAAUACAAGAGUGUUCGAUUUGGAUAAUAGGAGAGGCAACGUGACGUCAAUGGCGGUGAGCGAGGUGAUGAUGUGGGACGAGCUGCUGCCGGGCUCCGACGUGCUGCUGACGGGCACCGGCAGUGUGGAGAACACCGCCAAGGUGUGGUUCUUAGACGCCUCCUACGUCUCGCAGAAUACACACAGGAAUAGCAAAGUCCGACUAACAACAACAUUCGACGUGAGUUUCAUGGGGACCGUGUCCCCUCAAACUCCGAGCAGCACGCCCAGCGGCACCCACAGUCAGGACACCACGCCCAGGAGACACAAAUCAUUUGUUACACAUAAGGAAAUAGAGAAAAAAUUAGCUAAGAAAACCAUGAGUUUAGACAGACAUAACCUAAAACCACUGAACCUGAAGGGCAUCUGUAAUGGAAACAAUGAUGGCGGGACCCAACCUUUGCUGGCUGUUGUUGAUGAUAAAAAUAAUAUACAGAUAAUGCGCGGUAGAAAACUUCUAACAGAAAUAUCGCCUAAAACUGACGACCAAAUAACUGCGGUUAAGAUAUCUCCUUGCAAUCAAUAUAUUAUCUACGGAUUAAGUACUGGUAUCGUCACUAAAUAUGCACUAAGGACUAAAGAAACUAAGGAUAUUUUAGAUGUUUACAGUCCUGUGUUGUAUAUGAAUUUUGUUAACCCCGAUUUAUUGAUAGUUGCGGGUAAAAAUAGAUGUUUGAUGGCAUAUCGAUUUACUACUGAUGGGGAUUGGAAGUCUGAAAUGCUUCAACGAGGGAACUGCUUUCUUGGAUCUCAGGAAAUAUUAAAUGAUAUACAAGGGUUUAAGAAAAAAAUCAGCCCCGAGAAGAUAUCUGCAUCAAGCAGCGAUGGCAGUAUAAGUUCUCGAGACCGCUUGUUCCCCAACGGCGAGGCGCGCGGGCUGUGCAAGGCCAGCGCUCUCGUGGCGUGCUUCUGGCUCGACGUCGGCCUCGUCACAGUGGAAACUAACGCCAUCGUCAAACUGUGGGACUGCAACCUACAAGUCGCCAAAAUACUGAAUGGACGACAGACGGAUGUUUAUGUCAACUGUGCAGCCUUCCAGAAGAAUAUAUUGGCGAUUUGUGAUGACUAUCAUAGGUUUCAGACGUAUGAACUGAAGCGUGGAGAGAAGUUAGUGCUGCAGCCGAUCCAGACAUACAAGCUGAACAACCGCAUUGUCUGCUGCGACCUCGCGGCCGACGGCUCCCUGCUCGCUAUGGGACUCGACUCCGGGAACGUCAUUGUGUGGCACGUGGGCAACCAGCGGCAGCUGCGGUUCCUGAAGCACCACAAGACGAAGGUGCAGUGGUGUCGGUUCUCCCCCGUGCCGGAGCGGCUGUCGCGGGGCGGCCCCCACUCCCCCAGCCCCUUGGCCCCCGCCCCCGGCUUUGCCUCUGGCCCCAUGUCCCCCGCCCCCGCCCCAGACGACGACGCCCCGCCCCUCGUGCUCGUCACCAUGGCAGCGGAGAUCGUCUGGUGGAAUAUUACCCAUAUCAUGAAGACUAUAGUGAAUAAAAACAAUAUUUGGAGGAAUCGCUGGAAUGCAGUGACGCCAAUCGCGAGUCCAGUGGAGGCGGCGAGCCUGAGCGCGGCGAUGGACAGCCUGCACAUACAGAACGCAACCAGUAACUUCUUCUUCGGCAACGGGCUCAUGAACGCGCACGAAUGCUGGAAAUGCUUAUGGAAAGGGAAAACUUGCAAAGAGGGUUCAAAGAAGAAAGAAAUUCUAGCUUGCAUCAAAUUAUCCGGUGUUAACGCGAAGAAACUUUGUUGUGACGAGAAAUUUUCUUGUUUCGUGACAGUGGACCAUCCCGGACACAUACAUAUCAUGAACUUAAUGCAUGCGAACACGUAGCAAUACAACGUUUGUUACUCUUCACCUCUUUAAGGGCCUGUCCCACCACUGGCUGAUAGAGUCUCAGAUAGCAAAAUGAUCACUGUCAGAUAAAGUAACAAAAC